AUGGACGAGGAUAAGAAGUUCAAGGCUCGGCUCGAUCAGCUGCAGCAGCAAAAAGAGUUGCUAAAGAAGGCCAAGUCUCGAACUGGCCAGAAGCCGACCCAGGCAAUGCGACGAUCGCGCGCGCAGCUCCAAGAACAGUUCUUCGCUGGGUCUCUCAACGCCAAAAUGAUGGCUCUGAUGAAUCAGCACCACAUGAGGACGACGUUCAUCGGAGAAGCCUACCCACCGUCGAUCGAGCCCAUCUCCAGUCUCACGUCCAUUCUGUUGCACGACCUGAAGCUAGAGACACACCACAGAGGCCGAGUACUCAUCGUCAAGACUUUUUGUGAGCCCAUACGCAUCUCGUCCAUUCAAAAUGCCGUCGAAGAUGUUCAGGGCUCCGUCGAUCGUCUCUCAGUCUACAAUCUCCCCUCUGCAUCCCCGAUGGACAAAGUUCUACCCAAGGGAGCCAUAGUCGCAGUGAAGGAGCCAUAUUUCAAGGCUACAGCCGACGGUAGCGUCAUGGUGCGGGUGGACCACCCUUCCGACUUCGUUUUGCUCGAACCUCACGACUCGUUGGUUCCGCCUCAAUGGAGGAAGGGCCCGAAGGCCGCCAGGGCUAUGUUUCAAUUAAAAGAGGAGGGAAACACUGCUUUCAAGCGUGGCCACUGGCAGGAGGCUGGCGAAUGUUAUACCAAAGCUUUAGCCAAGGCCGACAAUCACACAGACUUGCGUCAAACCCUCCAUCGAAACCGAGCUCAAGUUUGCCUCAACCUGGGCCAAUACCAGUUUGCUUCGGAAGACGCCGUUGCAUCUGUCAUUGCCGGGGAUGAUACUCCACACCAAGCCAAGAUGCUAAACGUGAAGUCAUAUUUCCGCGCGGGAAGAGCGCAGUACCAGCUAGGCAAUUUUGACUUGGCCAGAGAGUAUCUAGACGAAGCUCUACGCCUCGAUCCUACAGACGACACUGUCAAAGCUGACCUAACACGGACCAAGCUGCGGAUUCUUGAACAGCAGAAGGGCGAUUACAACUUUGCUGCCAUGGCUCAAAAUGCUACCGCGUCCCACAAAAAGCUCGACCAUGCUACGUUCACCAGUAACACGAAAAUUGCUCCCGCUGGAAAGCGAGGCCGGGGCUUGGUCGCCAUAAAGAACAUCAAGCAUGGCGAUCUUGUCAUGGUCGAGAAGGCAUUUUGUGUGCGCUUUGGGGACGAGCUCGGCAAGGAAUACUCACUGCUUAUCAACAUCAACACCGACCGGGUCGAGUAUGGCACACACGCUGAGUGCCUGUACAAAACUAUCGACAAGUUGAGACGAAACCCAGACCAAGCCUCGAAAUUCUUUGAUCUUUUUGACGGGGACAGGUUCAAGGGAGACAAAGUCAGAAAUCUUGACGGCGUUGUUGUUCUUGAUGUCUUCCAGGUUCAAGCUAUUACCGAGCUGAACGGAUUUGGCUGUCCAAGCAUUCGAUCCAGCAUCGACGAGGAGGAAAAGCGGGGUGGAGAGUCGAGCGGGAUCUGGCUGCGCGCCUCCUACAUGAAUCACUCUUGCCUGCCUAAUACAAAGCGGGCAUUCAUAGGCGACAUGAUGAUCGUGCGUGCUGUGCGCGACAUCAAAGCCGGCGAGGAGAUUCUGACAUCGUACCAACCAGCCUCAACGAGCUUCCCAAAGAGAAAGGAGAAACUCAGCUUGUGGGGUUUUCAGUGCGACUGCCCGCUGUGUCAGCUGGAGAAAAAGCUGCCAGCUUCCGUCUUCGCAGCCAGAGACCGGAUCGUGCAAGAGGCCAGGGGUUUCAUUGCCGCCAACCCAAGGACCCAAGCCAACUUCGGCCAGCCAGUCAGCGCGGCCAAGAUUGCCCAGGGAAAAGAUAUUCUGAGGCGUCUCGAGUCAAACUAUGAGAUGCCUAUGUAUGAAACCUUUCCUCGCCUGGAUUGCGUUUCUCUUGACCUGUGGCUGGUUCAGGCCAGCCUCUCUGCCUUGCAGGCAGGGCUGUCGCCAACGCUGGACAUUGCUGCCACAACUCGAUUGAUGCAGGACCUGGGAUACAGGGUGAAAGUGAAGAACUCAGAGGCCUCCAUCGACAGAACGAAUGGUGUCGUGCACCCGGAGGUUGUGCACGCUGCUAUGUACAGCCAGGAGGCAUGGCGCGGGGCUGGCAAGCCCAAGGCCGCGAGAGCGUUUGUCGAGCUCGCCAAGGAGGUGUACCUGGCUAUCUGCGGAGCCAUGGACGGUUUCGAGGAGACAUUCGGUGAUCUGUAG